ACCAUCGGCAGCAGCAGAAUAAGCAACGAUUGCUAGUGCUCAACCUUGUGGAAUUGAGGAACACUCACGAAGCUUCAGAGAUAUUUCUGAAGUUUAUCAUGUCUGCUCCAGUAUCUUCGAACCCUGGAAAGGCUUUGUUGACAGACAGAAAUGGGGGUGGUUCUUUAAAAGCAGGUUUGCGAAAGGUUAGAUUUUUGAAAGCAUUAUCUUUUAGUCAACACAAGAAGGCAUAUCAUGCAGAGGAAGGCAGCAGUAGUGAUGGAAGGAACUCAGUCAGAAGUGAGGAUCCCAAUUAUGUUUAUCCUGUGGAUACAGAUUCACUUGAUGAGGAUUCAGAAGGAGGAUCUGAGGAAGGAAAAGAGGAUACAAGUGUUCAGAAGUCAUUCAGUUAUGAAGCACUUGUCUAUGCAAACCAUGCUGGUGGAUCAUUUUGUUCAAAUACAAGCGGCAGCAGCAGUGACGAGGAUUUAGUCCACUACAGCCAUCAUAUUUCAGACACAAGGCACAAGUACCCUGAGGAUACAACUGCAGCAAAUUAAUCUGCAGAUCAGAGUUCAAAACGUAGUCUUAUUUCCUGGAGGAAGAGGAAGUUGAGUUUCAAAUAUCCUAAAACAAAGGGGGAGCCAUUGUUGAAGAAACAUUAUGGAGAGGAUGGUGGAGACGAUAUAGACUUUGAUCGCCGACAGCUUUGCUCAUCCGACGAGUCUUCUUCUAGGGGGCACAAAUCUGAGAAAACUUCUCCGAUUUCAGUCUCUGAGUUUGGAGAUGAAAGUUUCGCUGUGGGUAGUUGGGAGCAGAAAGAAAUAAUAAGCCGUGAUGGACAAAUGAAGCUGCAGACUCAGAUCUUCUUUGCUUCGAUUGAUCAACGAAGUGAAUGACAAAAGAGUGACAAAAAUAUGCAAAAAUUGAGUUCAGGGGUAAUAGGAUCUCUGUGAAGUUGGAAUGUGUCGUAACAACUUUGACCAUAGUUCGAGGCAAUACUGGAUGCUUGUCUUAAAAAAAUAAUCAAAGCCAUA